AUGGGGCAGUAUGAUGUGAUCACUUCGAUAAAGGCUCCGUGUUGCCGGAACGGAUGGUUUCAUCAGAAUUGCCUCACAAAGUAUGCCCAAUCGGCUGGAUACUUUUUCAAGUGUCCGUUAUGCAAAAAUGAGGACAAGUUCUUGGCCGAGAUCCCAUUGCGAGGCGUGUUUGUACCUGAGCGUGAUGCCGCCUGGGAGUUGGAACCGAACGCAUUUCAGGAGCAGCUGCUCAGGCCCACGGCUUGCGAUGCGAACGAUUGUAAAUGCCCGGAAGGUCGGAGCAUUGACAACCGGCAGUGGCGACUGGUGGUUUGCGGUUCCUGUGGUUCUACGUGCCGGCACCGGCAGUGCAUGGAGCAGACAGAGGACCAUUCUAGAGUCUACCUUUGCCAACUCUGUCAACCAAUUAUGCGUGAUUGUGUACCAGAGCUUGAAAAUACCGGAGACAGUAGCGAUAGCAGCGAUGAUGAUACAGCUUCUACGUCUACACUGCCGUCCGUCGGUAGAACGCCGCAAGGCGUGGCAAGAAAAACUUUCUCCAGGACAGGUUCCGGUGAGUCUGGUGUACAUUGUUCGAGCAGCGAUGAAACGCUUGGUAAUAUCCGGCGAAUAGUAAUUGCUAGAAGAAUUUCAUCGGAUGAUUCGGAUAGUGAACGGUCUGAUGCGAGCUCCAUUCAAAUCAGACGAUGUAUCCGACAAAAUACGGGCAAGCGUGUGCGUCGUUUGAUCUCCGAAGGAUCGGACAAUGCCCAAAGCAACCAUACAAAGCCAGCCCACAUUUCGUCGUCUUCUGAGGAUUUGCCACUAGCGCAAGCCUGCAAACGAUUGGACUUUGAUUCAAAUUCCACCGGUACGCAUCCGUUGUGCCUUGAGCGUUCAUCAUCGGUGAGCGAGAUGGAUGAAAAUUCUUCCUCGAAAGAUAAUGUAAGGAGUACAAGACAGCGUAGUAGAAGAUUGUCGACGCUGAGUAACUCCAGCAAACAAUCUACCAGCGAAAUCAAACUGGAAGCACAAGUCCCCGACAGUUUGGUCACGCGUAGACCCAUAAUUUAUUCUUCGUCUGAUGACAGCAGCAAACGAUCGGAAAGUGGAAAACGUAACUUACAAGUGAUCGAUGAGAUGCCGGAGCUCAAGGAACUUCACUCUGCUCGUCAAUUGGACAAAAAACCAUCUUCAUCAGCCCAAUGUCGCAGACCCAGACUUUCCUCUUCAUCGGAUGAUUCCGAAAAAUGUUCGGAAAACGUCAAAAACAGGUCGCCCGUGUCCAAUAGUUCAUUGAUUAGUACAAAGCGUGAUGGUACAUUAGAAGGAAGCAACAGGUCGAACCUUCCUACAACGGAAAGAACAGAUCCAUCAACAUCAUGCAGUCGUGGAACCGAAGCAAUAAAGAAAACCAAAACCUCACCGGAAGCAAAUAGUUUCUGCAAGCAGGAGGAAACAUCAGCAGUUCCAGUGCAAUCAAAUAAUUUUUCAAAUUCAACCAGUAGCAAACGAUUUGAAGAAAAUUUUAACAUCACCGAUACGGUUUAUCCGGGAAAUAGCCGAUCACCACCGGCAAGCAAAAAGGGCGAAAAUUCGAACGCAUCCGAUACGUCUUCGGAGGACUUCAUUGCAAUCAGACGGACGAGGCAACUUACCAGAAGGCUGUCGCUUACUGAUGCUAGAACACGCUCUACUAGUGAGAGCAGCAUGGAAAUAGUACGGCCAAAACGGAUCCGUGCAGUAAGAAUCUCGACAAUAUCCGAUAGUUCAGACAAACGAUCGGAAGAUUCAGAAAGUGGUUCCACGGAUAAGGUUGACACCGCACCACAAAGUAAACGUCGUCGACUGGUGCGCGAGCGGGGCAACAAAGCGAAUCCGAACGCUACUACUUUGCGUCGCAAGCCACCAUCGCCCAUUAGCCCACCAAGCACGCCAUCAUCACUUGCUUCGGAAUCAUCGCAACCAGCGACGGUGGCAAGCAUCUGCAAUACGAGCAAAACUGACGUAGUUGACGAUGCAAAGGAUACGAGCGGCGUCAAACUGUACCGGUCGCAGCAAUCAAUGUUACAGUUCGUGACUUCUUCGUCACGGAAAUCAGCAACAACUUCUGAUAGUAGCGAUCUGUCAAUGGAGGAACCAGUUACAACAUCUCGACGAUCAAAUUUUGGAAGCUGCAACAAUAUUAAUGAUAACAAAAGUAGUCCUAUUACUAGCAAAUGCACGACAGCAUCAACUAAGCGACGACGGUCGCAUUCCCCGAAAAGGUCCAACAAUAGAUCACACAAUGGACAACAAUCGGAAACGGCAGCGACGUCGAGUCGAGCGUCGUCACAACAAAGAAAGCAAAAUGGACAAUUCAUGCGCAAGGAUAAAGGACAGAAGAACAUACUGAAUUACUUCAAUCGCUGUUAA